AAUUUCUUAUUUUUACAUAGGUUGUUGGAUAAGCUUUUCCUUUUGUUUCAUUUAAGGAAGUUAUCUGGCCCUUAGCCUUUAGUUUUAUUGAUCAACCCAACUACACCAGGAUGGAUGUAGAAUUUCUUUUAAAAAUGGUAGUAGGAGUUCCUGAAGUUUACCUGGCACACAUGAGUAUAUUCAAAAUAUCUUAGUCAUACGGGUAUAAUUUCAAAGUGGAAUCACUAAGUAGUUUUCACUGUUUGUAGUAUGCAUGCCAGGUAGGUAUCAAACAGAAGACAAAUGCUGUUCAAGGAAAGAAGUUGGCAAGCUCAAGUUUGACAAAAAUCAAAUUACUUUGCAUCUGUCUUCGCUUUUUCUUCCUAGCUCCCCAUUAUUUCCAAAUACCCAGUUAAAUUUAUUUUUUUUCUUCAUAGAUAAAUCAUAAAUACUUCCCUCUGUGUGUGUGGGCAUUUAUGUGUGUGCUCUCUCUUCCGGCUAAACUGAAUUAUUCAAAAUGAGGAAAAAAAAUUGUAUUUUUUCUUUAGGAAAAAGAAAAAAUAUAUUUCUCCCUUAUAAAGCUAUAACCUAAUACUAAAUUAAUAUUAAGUAGGUAAGUUGGGUUACUUCUUAGCCAUCAGAUUACAAGGGAGCUUCUUGUGGAGGGCAAGCAGAAGUAUUAAGGGAGAGUCAAGCCCAGGGUUCUCAUUCCUGUGGUUCUAGCACCAUUGUGAGUUCAGUGGCUAAGGUGAGGAAGGUUGUUAGUCCCUCAGAUUAUUUAACUUCCUUUUUCAGUUCUACAUUUACUUAACUAUGUAGUAUAUUUGCUAAGGUCAAAAUAUGUAACCCUAAAGCAUGUGUGCAUGGAUGCUUUCAAGCUAAUUUUCUAACCAAAUUUUUUAGGAUACUUUGGGGACAUUAAAAAAAUUGUUUUGCUGUGUCUUUACUUUCAGUCCCAUUUCUCCCAUGAUUUUUGAGUAUCUUUUAUAUUUCACCAGCAGUGCUUCUGUAGCUUUGUUAUUUAAAGGAGACUUUAUUCGUGUUUGCAAUAGAAUUGCCAGUUUUAGAAUAACGUACUUGUAGAAUAAUAGCUAGUAUGUAAACCUAAUAGUUAAUGAUUUCUGAGACAAAUAUGAAUGUCAGGUACUGUGCUAAGUACUUUCAUUCAUUAAAUCUACACCACAACUUGGUAAGAGGAAGAUACUGUGAACUAUCUCUGUUCUCAUAAGGAAAUGGAAUCCAUCAUGAAUAGUGCUGCCCUAUUCUGUGUAAUGUGGGGUGCUGGAGGAACUGAGACAAAGAAAUGAUUUAAUAAUAUAUUCAAGGUCAUAUAGACAUGGAGUUAAAUUUUGAACCUAGACAGUCUGGUUCUAGAAUUCAUGCUCCUAACUUUAUAUUAUGUUGUUCUUUACUAAUAUGCUUGGGAUGCUGUCAUUUCUGCCUAUACCAUAUCAGCUGAAUCCAACAAACCUAGAUCUUGCUCCCUUGAAUUUUUCUGUCAAAGUAAUUGUAAAGAAUAAUAUGAACAGAAGUAGUAAACUGGAUUUCUCUUUGUUCAAUGAUCUUUGGAUUUGCACAAAAUGUUAAAAGGACUGAUAUCAAAAAGGCAGUGCGAUUUGGUCCAUCACUCUUUUGCAUUUACUGGCAUUACAACUGCGUGCACAACUUUACACCUGAUUGUUCUUAUUCCUUCAAAUCUUUUACCAUUUGCUUCCUAUAAACUUCCAUAUUAAGUAUUCUGACCAUUUUGCAAUUGAUUCUUCUAUUCACAGAUCUUCAGUGUUGCUGAGUGGUUUCUAGACUAAUUUGAAUAAUUUUCAGAAUGGUUUAUUUUGGUUUGCAGUAGGCUCCUGAUAGAUUUCAUUCAGGUUAAUCACCUUACUCUGACUGCUUCAGAAGAAAGCAAUCAAUUUGAGCUUUGCAAACAAGAAAAUGAUAUCAAAAUUGAUACCUUUCACACCCAUACUUCAGAAUAUUUUAAUUUCUGGACAUUUUUUCAGAUGAAAUGACUUUUAUUUGGGAUAAUCAACUUGGAAUGAUUUUGAAGUGAAAGAAGGUAUUAAUAAUUUCAUAAGGAUGAUAGGUAUCCUGUACAAACAGGACGUAGGGCCCCCUACUGAAAUAAGGCUCAGAUCUCAGGGUUGCCAUUCUUCCUAUAACAGCAGGAGCUGGACAGCUAAACAAACUGUCAUUUGUAGCGAAUGUGAUGCUGUCAGGUUUCCAUGGGUCCUUUUACAAUAUUCUCUCACCCUGCCUUUCCCUCAAAUUGGUGGAUGAAAGAAAAAAUGCUAAUCUUAUGAGCUUUUUCCUUUUCUCGUCCUAAUAUUCAGUGAGAAAUAUAAGGCUAGGUAUUUUUUUUAAAAAAGAUAAUACCUAUGACUGUUUACAAAGGAAGAAAAAUAAUGUCUGUAGGAAUAAUCUCACAUAUAAGCUAAUAUCAUUCCCCCCCCACCUCCCCAGCCUCCAUGGUUAUGUAAACAGAAGUUAAUCCCCCUGUACAAGUGUAUUCUGGGGUUUAGGGUUAAGUACCAAGUUGUUGAGCAUAUAAUAAGUAUAUUUUUGUAUUUACUGAAUGCUAUUUUUUCCAUUAAAACCUGAUUUUCAGUGAGAUUCUAGAUUUUAGAUUCAAUGUGAUAAAGGAUUUGAGUUAUUGAUGGGGACUGGAGAAAUUUAUUUGAAAAUUUAUUUAGAAGUAAUAAGCUAAAACUCUAGGUAGUUAAUAAAAGUAGUGAGAAAAUAAGUGACUUUGCAUAGGCUUUCCUAAAUGCCAGAAUUUUAAUGUUUCUUUUUCAUACUACUUUUCUAAGAAGAGUUGAUAAAGAGUGCUCAUAUAAAGGAGCCAGGCUGAUCAUGGUGCCAUCAACACAAACUUCCAUGAACAUAGUGGUAGGGUAUGGGAACACAGGAGCAAAUCAUACAAAGAAACCAAAAAACAAAUUCAAUCAACGUUUUUGGGUUUUUUUUGGAAUGUUCCAUAGAGUUUGCCAUGCAUUGCUUAAAACUAUCAAAGUGAUCUUAUAGUAGCUAUUUUUUUUUGUUCUGUGUUUAUAUGUAAGUUACUAUAGAUUAGCUUCUAUAAGUGACUGAAAACAUUACAAAGAUUCUUUUUGUGUAUUUCUCAUGAUCUUCAAAACAAAAAUUAUUAGCUGAAUCCUUUAACUUUCCUAAAGAUAAGUAUUAUUUUAUAAUCAUUGUAUUUUAAUCUUUUCCUCUAACUGUAGGGUGUAUUCCUUUUCUCAAGGGCAAAACAGGCUCAUGAUUACUUAUCUAAAUUUUACAAAUCUCUUAAAGUGCAGUUUUUCAUAACUCAUUUGAAAACAAAACAACUGAUGGAAGGCUAUUUGUGGUCUUUAUUCCAUCUUAAUAUGAGUAUAUUUUUGCCAUAUAAGUAUUAAUGUAUUUGAUUCUCGACUGUUUCCCAGACUCACUGAAUGCGUUAUGUAAUAUAAAAUAUAUGCCCAUAUUACCUUUCAGAAAUCAGAAAUAUUCUAUAAAUAUAAAAAAUCUGACUCACCCAGAAAGUUUUCAAAAAAGUUACUCUCCAUCUGUAUUUCCUGUCUCUUAACAAUUUCACAAACAAGAUACAAAUAUAAUCUAUAUAGAUAAUUCCCAAAACAUAAUUUUCAGAUCCUUAAUUUUCUCAAUUAUUAUUCUAAUAUUUGUUUAUGUCAACUUGGCAUAGCAGUGGAAGAUGCUUCGAAGUAAUUUAUUUCAUAAAGCCACUAGAUGGCAUCUUUGUAAAAAUAUAAGCACAUCAAAAGAAGGACUUAUUUAUAUAAAUGUUGAGAUAAAUGAAAGUAGAUGUUUCAUAAGAAAUAAAAGUCUUUUUGAACAAUAAAUCCUGAGAAAAUGCAUAGAUUUAUGGUUAAAAACAAAAUGGAAAAUGAUACUGAAAAUUACUCUUCUACUUUUGAAAUUGAAUUUUUUUCCUAAUGAUCAUUUUCAUUCAUUUUACAUUCAUAUGUAAUGAAGCAACUGUGUGUGUGUGUGUGUGUGUGUGUGUGUGUGUGUGAUUUUGACAUGCUAACAAUCUCUUCAGGCUGCACAAACUACCUAGAAAUUCUACAGAUUAGGUAAGAUAUUGUAAAAUUGAGUUGUGUAAAGUCAAUUCCAUGCACACUGUAAACAAAUAUGAACAUAUACUGGGUAACAGGUCACAUUUAACACUGUGAGACUAAUACUUAGAGUUCUCUACUGUCUGUUUUUUCUUCCCUCCAAUUCCUGUGAUAUCCCUAAUGCUAGUGUUUUCAAACUGCCUGUAACAUGAUCAUGAGUGACAAAUUUUAAAGAAAAGACAAAAAAGUGUUAAAACCAAUGUAAUUCUUAUUGCUAGUAAAAUUUUAAGAUGCAUUAUAAUUUUGGAGCUGGGAGUGGGUUUUUGGAAAAACUUGUCUGUGUACCUCCACACCUAGUCUACCUUUAUCCUUUGCUGGAAUAUAUGGAAGUGAUUCAAAUGGACUUGCAUUUACUUAAAAUCAUUCCUACAGCAAAACCAAUUUAUUUAAGAAUACAGUACUUCAUAUUCUAAUAAGAAAUAUGCAUUUUGAAACAGCAUAGCUGGAAUGUAUCCCAUUUCAAAAAUGGUAUUGGACAUUAGGAAGUCAUUGAAGAGAUGAGUGCAAUUUUAGCAAAAUGGCAUAAAGAAAUGACACCAUUAUGAAUGAGGGAGUGGACCUGUACUAUGUAAACAAAAAUUUUAGUUUAUUUUACAUCCGUUUUAAAUAUGGAAGGGUGUUGAAUAGUGGUUUAAAAUCUGGGCUCAAGUCAGACUGCUUGGGUUUAAUCCUGGUUUCUCUUUAAACCUCUUUGUGCCUUAGUUUUCUCAAUAAAAUGGAGCUCAUACUAGAUCCUCAAUAAAAUCUUUGCAAGCAUUAAGUUAAAAAUAUAAGUAAGGUGCUUAGUAAUAAUACGUUUUACGUGCUAUUAUGAGAUAGUAGCAUGAAAUUUGUUGAUAUAGUAGGCACUUGCUGUUGUACACACCAAGUUCUCCUUUGUCAAUUGCUUAACCUCUCCACUUGAUAUUUCUAUUUUCUUGGAUUCUGAUUUUUUAAAAACCUGUAAGCUUAAAUUGUGAUCAGCAUUUGUUUCAGAGAAACAUUCAUUUCCUUUCAAAAAUGUAAAUGUUCUUGGGGAAUGGUUACUCCCUGACCUAGGUAACCACUGGGCACACCCCUACUCUGGGCCUGGUGCACUCAAGGAACUCCUCAGUGCUGGAGGGCGGGGCCCAGCAGGAGGGAGGGACGCUAAGGCCGUUGCUAGGAUAUGGCCUGCAACAGAGUCUUUUCAAGACUUGUGCUGCUUGGAAGAGCCUCCAAAACCGCUUGGUCCCGGAUAGCUGUAUUUAUUAGCCAGGUAGGACAGGUGUGGCUGCCCUUUCCUUGGGAUCCCCCGUGCUCUGCGGCUACCUGCCCAGUCCGGAUGUUCCACUUCAAAAGCCCUGAGAAGCGUCCUUUCUAGCUUCGCCUCUCUGAUUUGGGAUUUGCAGCAGCGUCAAGCUAGGAGGUGUACAUCCCCUCACACCCAAAGUGCUUAUCGCGGAAAUAGUACAGAAGCAAAACGAAAAUGUCUGAUCAAGAGGAAGAGUUUAAUAUUGAAAAUACGGUUGAGCCAGAAGAACAUGAGGAGGUUAUUGACACUGUCAAUAUUCCAGCACCCUCAGAAGAACGUUCAGAGUUAGACAUAAGUGAAGAGCAUGAAUCUGAACUAGAACUCAGUGAGCAAAGUGACAUCAGCAUUUUAAGCCUUGAAUUGAACGAGGAAAGAAGACGCCUGGAAGAGGCUGUGUCUCCCAGAAAAUCCUUGCCUGUUUCAGGGUAUUCACCGCAGCCCAAUGUGGAGUUCACCCAACAGGAUUCAAAUGAGGAGGCUCUGGCAUUUCUGAAUAAAAUAAAGGCUAUGAAGGAGUCUUUGCAAACAUCAGUGAGAGAAUCUUCAGCAACAGUAAGAGUUGUACUUAUUCCUGUGGGCCAGGAAAUUAUAAUGCCUUUUAAAGUUGACACUAUUUUUAAACACCUCAAGGAUCACUUUUCACACUUAUUACAUAUCCCACCUUCUGUACUGCAGAUAAGUUACAAAGGAAUAAUUUUUAAAAAUAAUGAGACUUUAAUACAACAUGGAGUUAAGCCACAGGAAAUUAUACAACUGGAACUCUUUUCUACAAAUCCAGAUCAAUAUCCAAUCAAAAGGAUAGAGGGAUUAAAUGAUGUCUCUCAAAUCCUAACUGUCACUGUACAAAUUGGCAUUAAUCAGUACCAGGUGGUAACUGUUGAGAUUAUAAAGUCUGAUUUUCAUAAGCCAUUUCUUGGUGGAUUUAAGCAUAAAAUAACAGGAAUAGAAUAUCACAAUGCUGGAACCCAAACUGUACCUAAAUAUAUCCGAGGGAAAAAACAAGCAUUUUCCAGGGACACCCAGACAGUUUCUCAGAGAAAAAAGCUCCAACAAACUACAAAUACAACAUCCACACAAAUGUCUAAAAUUGGUGUGUAUGUAUCAAAUAUAACUGAUAAACUGUUAAAACCAGGGGAUUAUUUUUCAGCAGCAAAAUACCAUGCUCGAAGAUUCAAUGCGGCGAUAGUAAUACAGACUCGCUACAGGCAAUGGCAUGCUAAAGUCUUUGUAAGGGAACUAAAAGAACAGAAAAAGUUGAGGUUGGAGUGGGAAGCCCAGGAAGAACUACGGAAAAUAAAAGAAAAAGAAGAAUGGACGCAAUUGGACUAUCACCGGAGGCAUAAUCCUAAAACAAAUGAAGACUUUGAACUUCUUUAUAAUGCACUAAACUUCUGGCACCAAGAAGAACUUUCUCGGAUUAACCAGUGUCUCACUGGAGCUGAAAGGAAGGCUGCUUUGUGUGAACUUUUGGAAAAAGAGACCCAGAUAAUUGCUUCCAUUGGGAGACACAGAUCCAUUGCUUAUUUGGAAAGAGAGGAAUCAGAAAAACAAGUUUUUUUGAAUAAGUGUUCAGCUCCAAAGAUAUGGAGAAGAUCUGAUGGCAAAACGGUUGAGAUGGAUACCCAGUUCACCAUCAGAGCCAGAGAACUGCAGAACAUCUAUAAGUGCAUUACACUGAGGAAUCUCUCUCAAGAUGAGAGAGUGGAUAUACUCUUAACACUUAAACAUACUGUGAAGGAACAUGAAUGUAAACUGACCCAGGAAAUCCUAGAACUGAUUGAUAGAGAAGUUGACCUUAUGAUGAGAGGAGUCAAACCUUAUAACCUUGAAGGACUCAGAAAAAGAAUUGCAACACUCUUUUUUCAAUAUAUUAAAACACCUCUGUUUAAUCCUGAAGUGGCAAGAUACUUGAAGGUCCCUCAAGACCCACUGAAAUUUUACAAGAAGAUUUACUUUUGCCGCAAUUGCCAGCUCUAUUUGCCUUCUACGGAAUUUGCCAUCUCAUCCACUUCGAAGCACAUAUACAGAUGUCGCCACUGCACUAACCUCCAGAAUGAGGCUAAACAACGAGAAGCAUUUUUGAAGUACAAGUGUUUACUUCAGCGGCUGUACUCUUCAGAGGCGGAUUAUGAAGAUGACUCUCAAAUUGCUUUCUUGAUGCAGCUACAGGAUAUUCAGUACUUGAUGGAAAACAUCUGGGCCUCACAGUCGGUUCUCAGCGCCUGGGACGAUAUCAAUGAUCUGGUCCUAGUCAGAUGGGAUAAAAACCUAGAGUGGUCUCCCUGGAACUGCAUUCUUCUCACCAAAGAUGAAGCAGUUGCUCAUCUUAAGCUAACAAGUAUUGAAGAGGAAUAUGGACAAGUAUUUAUCCACAAGAUCAAACACAAACAUAUCCUGGCUAAGAACUACUUUUCUCAGAUUCCAGCAUUGGCUUCCUAUAUACUUGAUCAUGGAGAAUUUAAUGAGAUCAGAAAAAAAUAUUAUACUGAUACAUCACCUAAAAUUAUAAAAGUCAAUGGGCCUCAUUCUUAGAGGAUCCAGAAAUACUUGUUUGAUGACAAACCUUUUCAUCCACUGCUAAGAGAGUAAUACAGUAGUUGCAUGAUAUGGAAAUGGAAUUUUAUCUUUUUAUUAAUUUUAAUUAUAUUUUGUUUUUCAUAGUAUGAUAAAUUGUGUGAAGAGAAAACAUCUCUAUAAAUGUUUCUUUGUUAGGCAUUAGUUUUAAACUGAACUGUGAUUUUGUUACUGAAAUGAAUAAUUUAAAGAGAA